UGUGACGUACAUAUUUACAAUCGUACUUUAUCUACCGACCGCCUGUCGCUUGUUUUGUUGUUGCCUUCUUUACCGAGGUUCACGCGUGUGUUUCUAGUUUUUGUUGACUUAUAUCAUUCACUAAUGAAAGUAAGAGAAUGUUUUAAGGUCAAAACUCAACUUUUGAUAUUUUAUUUGCCGAUUUAAAGUAACCUUGGACUAACGUACAGUUUAGGAAAGUUAGGGGACACACAUGCUUUCGAUUAUUGUUUAAGUGAACACAUUCAAUCGGCUUGCUUAACGGAUUAAAAACCUGCCCGAGUUUGGAAGAAUGAAACUCAAAUGUCUACGGAGAAAAGUUGAAAACGGGGUAAUUAGCUAGAAGUUUGGACACAGCCAUGGCGACUCAAAUAACCUGAGGCUUUCUGAAUAAGCGCAUUGUGCAAUGGGGACUCAAAGAAACGGGUUCUGCAAACAGGAGACUUUCAUUCUCUCUGUUGAUGUGGGAACAACCUCCAUAAGGUGCCAUGUGUACGAUAAGAGUGCCAAUAUCAGGGGGUUCUGCACCUCGAAGGUGUCCCUUCUGUAUCCUCAGCCUGGAUGGGUAGAGAUUGACCCUGAUGAACUGUGGAAAGGGUUUGUCACUGUAGUCAAAGGAGCAGUUCAAGACUCAGGCUUGCAGAUGCGCCAAAUGGAAGGUCUUGGCAUUUCAACCCAGAGGGCAACGUUCAUGACCUGGGAUAGAAACACAGGAAAACCAUUUCAUAAUUUCAUCACCUGGCAGGACAUGAGGGCAGUCGAAUUGGCAAGUUCGUGGAACAGGUCCUGUACUAUGAAGGCGGUACAUGGGGUAACGAAGAUGCUGCACUAUCUCACCAGACAGAAGCGGUUCCUUGCAGCCAGUUUGGUUGUUUUUAAUACCCAUCAUGUGUCACUGCGUCUUGUCUGGGCCUUGAACAAUAUCCCUCAGUUGCGGCAGGCAGUUGAAGACGGCUCGUGUUACUUUGGGACCAUAGACACCUGGCUUCUGUACAAACUCACUAAAGGCCUGGUUCAUGCUACAGAUUACUCUAAUGCCAGUGCAACAGCAAUAUUUGAUUCCUAUCAGAUGUGCUGGAGUGGAUUUAUUUGCUCACUCCUCUCUAUACCUCUCUCCAUCCUUCCCAGGGUGCAGAACACAAGUCACAAAUUUGGAACAUGCGAUCCAUCCAUAUUUGGAGUGCCCAUCCCAAUCAUGUCUGUUAUGGCGGACCAACAAGCAGCCAUGUUUGGACAAUGCUGUUUUGACACUGGAGAUGUGAAAAUUACUAUGGGCACAGGGACCUUCAUGGACAUAAAUACAGGAAACAAACCACACACAUCUGUAGCUGGCCUUUAUCCGCUGGUGGGCUGGAAGAUCGGUGCUGAAGUUGUGUAUCUGGCUGAAGGUAACGCCGCUGGAACGGGUGCUGCGAUUAAAUGGGCACAUGAUCUAGAACUCUUUUCUGAUGUGAAGGAGACCGAAGCCAUAGCCAGUAGUGUGGAAGACUCAGAUGGCGUAUAUUUUGUGCCUUCUUUCAGUGGCUUACAAACCCCUUUGAAUGAUCCUAAAGCUUGUGCCUCUUUCAUGGGCUUAAAACCUUCCACAACCAAGAGACACCUGGUCCGAGCCAUUCUGGAGUCCAUAGCGUUCAGGAACAAGCAGCUCUUUGAUGUCAUGCUUAGGGAAACGCGUAUUCCCAUCACUAAAAUCAGGGCAGAUGGAGGUGUAUGCACAAAUGAUUUCAUCAUGCAGUUGACCGCUGAUCUAUUGGGGCGUAAGAUAGCACGUCCAUGUCACUUUGAGAUGUCUUGCCUUGGAGCUGCUUUUGUUGCGGGACUAGGAACAGGAUACUGGAAGAACCAAGGGGAGCUGAAGAAGCUUUUGACCACUGACCUACAUUUCCUACCUCGAAAGAGUAAAGCAGAAGGGGACAAUGGAGACCAAUACAGAGAUGUCCUUCAGAGCUGGGAGAGGGCUCUUCAGCGGUCCAUGCACUGGUACAACCAGCCCUGAUUUACCACAAGUUUAUUCUGUAAACAGCGGUGGGGCGUUUCUCUUUCUCACUGAGAAAAACACUUGAACAGUAUAAUUCCAAUCUAGAAACUUGCAGAUCAAUGGUUUAUGAGUACAGUUGCCUAAUCAUGAGGGGUUUUACAGAUUUACAACUUGCUUGUGCAAAUCCAAGCCACUCAGUUGUGAAUCCAGGAGUAUUAUUACGAGGUUGCAGGCUGCAGGACGAUUCCUACUUUAGAAUAAGAUAGAUGUUGCAUUAUGAUUUUGCCAAUCAAUACUUUAGCCAUUAGGCACUGAAAAUCAAUCAGUGCCUUUAUCAAACUACUGUUUAAUAAAUAUGAACAAAUUAAUUUAACUCACUGUGUGCCUUAAUGAGGGGCUUUUGUAUGAGUGAUCCUCGGUUGUAACUCGGUUUCUCAUCUCUUAAAUGAUGACAUCUCACUCUGAGAGGACUAUAGUAAUAUCUAAUUCGUGUUGUUUACAUAAAUGGGAUGCGAGUAAGAGGAAAUUACUGCUCUUUCUCACCUUUAUUAAUACACUGAGUUUAUACAUGUUUUAUCCAUUAUUAGGAGUGUAUGGAAAUUAUACAAGCGCUAUUGUAAUUUUCAGUUGAUUAGUAUUUUUUCUAAUUGCACAUAUAGUUUUGAUGUUAUGUUUAAACAUUAAAUGUGCCUCUUAAUACUAAGACAAUGCUGCAAACAUGGAAAACCUGAUACCUUAUUUACUUUCUUUUUUCCGCUUGGUAGUAUCUACAGUGGCUAAUGAUAUAAUUCAUUCAACUGUAGUAAAUAAGUGACUGUGAAACUGUAAUAUCAUAGGAUGUUAUCAGGGCUUAAAAGAAAGAACAGACACAUUUGUUGUAAAGGAAAGUAUUUUAUGAAUAGACUGUCAAAGAACUCUGAACAUUGUGCUAUGUUUCAUGUCAGUAUGUGAAUUUGUUUGUUUUAAUAAAUGUCCAAUAUGCCAUUGUAAUGUCAAAUUGUGUGCCUUGUCAUGCAAAUAAAUCCCAGGUUUUCAAUCUAUUUCAUUUAUUUAAAA